AUGUUCAGGCGCAUCACAGCCCGGUGGCAGCUGAGCACAGUGCGAUUCGCAAUGGCAUGCCAGCACCCCCCCACUCACCCUCGCAGCACCCCCCCACUCACCCUCGCAGCACCCCCCCACUCACCCUCGCAGCACCCCCCCACUCACCCUCGCAGCACCCCCCCACUCACCCUCACAGCACCCCCCCCACUCACCCUCGCAGCACCCCCCCACUCACCCUCGCAGCACCCCCCCACUCACCCUCGCAGCACCCCCCCACUCACCCUCGCAGCACCCCCCCACUCACCCUCGCAGCACCCCCCCACUCACCCUCGCAGCACCCCCCCACUCACCCUCGCAGCACCCUCCCACUCACCCUCGCAGCACCCUCCCACUCACCCUCGCAGCACCCUCCCACUCACCCUCGCAGCACCCUCCCACUCACCCUCGCAGCACCCUCCCACUCACCCUCGCAGCACCCUCCCACUCACCCUCGCAGCACCCUCCCACUCACCCUCGCAGCACCCUCCCACUCACCCUCGCAGCACCCUCCCACUCACCCUCGCAGCACCCUCCCACUCACCCUCGCAGCACCCUCCCACUCACCCUCGCAGCACCCUCCCACUCACCCUCGCAGCACCCUCCCACUCACCCUCGCAGCACCCUCCCACUCACCCUCGCAGCACCCUCCCACUCACCCUCGCAGCACCCUCCCACUCACCCUCGCAGCACCCUCCCACUCACCCUCGCAGCACCCUCCCACUCACCCUCGCAGCACCCUCCCACUCACCCUCGCAGCACCCUCCCACUCACCCUCGCAGCACCCUCCCACUCACCCUCGCAGCACCCUCCCACUCACCCUCGCAGCACCCUCCCACUCACCCUCGCAGCACCCUCCCACUCACCCUCGCAGCACCCUCCCACUCACCCUCGCAGCACCCUCCCACUCACCCUCGCAGCACCCCCCCACUCACCCUCGCAGCACCCCCCCACUCACCCUCGCAGCACCCCCCACUCACCCUCGCAGCACCCCCCCACUCACCCUCGCAGCACCCUCCCACUCACCCUCGCAGCACCCUCCCACUCACCCUCGCAGCACCCUCCCACUCACCCUCGCAGCACCCUCCCACUCACCCUCGCAGCACCCUCCCACUCACCCUCGCAGCACCCUCCCACUCACCCUCGCAGCACCCUCCCACUCACCCUCGCAGCACCCUCCCACUCACCCUCGCAGCACCCUCCCACUCACCCUCGCAGCACAGCACCCUCCCACUCACCCUCGCAGCACCCUCCCACUCACCCUCGCAGCACCCUCCCACUCACCCUCGCAGCACCCUCCCACUCACCCUCGCAGCACCCUCCCACUCACCCUCGCAGCACCCUCCCACUCACCCUCGCAGCACCCUCCCACUCACCCUCGCAGCACCCUCCCACUCACCCUCGCAGCACCCUCCCACUCACCCUCGCAGCACCCUCCCACUCACCCUCGCAGCACCCUCCCACUCACCCUCGCAGCACCCUCCCACUCACCCUCGCAGCACCCUCCCACUCACCCUCGCAGCACCCUCCCACUCACCCUCGCAGCACCCUCCCACUCACCCUCGCAGCACCCUCCCACUCACCCUCGCAGCACCCUCCCACUCACCCUCGCAGCACCCUCCCACUCACCCUCGCAGCACCCUCCCACUCACCCUCGCAGCACCCUCCCACUCACCCUCGCAGCACCCUCCCACUCACCCUCGCAGCACCCUCCCACUCACCCUCGCAGCACCCUCCCACUCACCCUCGCAGCACCCUCCCACUCACCCUCGCAGCACCCUCCCACUCACCCUCGCAGCACCCUCCCACUCACCCUCGCAGCACCCUCCCACUCACCCUCGCAGCACCCUCCCACUCACCCUCGCAGCACCCUCCCACUCACCCUCGCAGCACCCUCCCACUCACCCUCGCAGCACCCUCCCACUCACCCUCGCAGCACCCUCCCACUCACCCUCGCAGCACCCUCCCACUCACCCUCGCAGCACCCUCCCACUCACCCUCGCAGCACCCUCCCACUCACCCUCGCAGCACCCUCCCACUCACCCUCGCAGCACCCUCCCACUCACCCUCGCAGCACCCUCCCACUCACCCUCGCAGCACCCUCCCACUCACCCUCGCAGCACCCUCCCACUCACCCUCGCAGCACCCUCCCACUCACCCUCGCAGCACCCUCCCACUCACCCUCGCAGCACCCUCCCACUCACCCUCGCAGCACCCUCCCACUCACCCUCGCAGCACCCUCCCACUCACCCUCGCAGCACCCCCCCACUCACCCUCGCAGCACCCCCCCACUCACCCUCGCAGCACCCCCCCACUCACCCUCGCAGCACCCCCCCACUCACCCUCGCAGCACCCUCCCACUCACCCUCGCAGCACCCUCCCACUCACCCUCGCAGCACCCUCCCACUCACCCUCGCAGCACCCUCCCACUCACCCUCGCAGCACCCUCCCACUCACCCUCGCAGCACCCUCCCACUCACCCUCGCAGCACCCUCCCACUCACCCUCGCAGCACCCUCCCACUCACCCUCGCAGCACCCUCCCACUCACCCUCGCACAUGCGGUUGUCCACGCCCACCCACUCACCACCCACUCACCACCCACCGAGGGCGUGGGUGUGAUGGAGCCAGCAGCAGAGAGCAUGGCGGCGGCCAGGGCGGUGGAGAAGGCAGCAGACGAGCCGAGACCCGCGCCGGGAGGGAUGUCGGAUGUGACUGUUGCUGGUGGUUCUGCUGCUGCUGCUGCUGCUGGUUCUGCUGCUGGUGCUGCUGCUGGUGCUGCUGGUGGUCCUGCUGUAACACACGCGGAUCGCAAGACAGACCCAGUGACCAACCCACAAGCACAAGAACCUAGCAGCAGCAGCAGCAGCACCAUUUCAGCCAAUGCUGCUACUGCUGCCACUGCUGGAAAUGCAGCCAUGUGGAGCAGUGAGGCAACCGAUGCAGAGGAUUGCAGAGGAGUGCUGCGGGAACUAGUCGAGGCGAUUCGAGAGGACUACGAGCAGCGAGCGUAUUUCGUCACAGGUGCCAUCUCUGCACGUUUCUACGACACCGAGUGCCUCUUUGCCGACCCCACGAUUCAGUUCUCGGGCCUGCAGCGCUGGCAACGCAACAUUGCGCUGCUCACUCGCUUCUUCUCCUCCCCAACCAUCCACCUGCACGACCUGCAGGUCUUUCCUGCAACGCCCUCGUCUGCAGCACGCCUGGAGACCAGGUGGCGCCUGCUUACGCCCAUCAACCUGCCAUGGCGGCCGCUGGUGGACAUCAGAGGCUCCACAGUGCACACACUCAAUGCUGCCGGCACCAAGGUAGUGUCACACGUGGAGGCAUGGGAGGUGUCUGCUUACGAGGCCAUCAUGCACCUCUUCAAACCCGGCCCUCCUGCCCCUCCCAGCCUUCCUGACCGUCCCGAGCCCCCCAGCGCUCCUGGCUCUCCUUAG